GAAAAUUCUGAAUCGCCAAGCCUAUGGGGGCAAUGAAGGGGGGUGAGGGCAGAUUUGGUCAGCCAGGACAGCUGGAGCUUGGCUCCAUCACUGGGACCAGGGCUUUGCCCAGUUUCCCCUCCAUACAGACGAUCAAAAAGCAUUUAGACAGUAGCUGCUCUUGUGCAAGAAGACGGUUUCUCAAUUGUCUUUGAUUGGGGUCUGGGGAUUGUGGGCAGAGGAGGCAGGAGAGGCGGAAAAUGGUUGCAUGUCUUGAUGGGCUGAGCGAUGGACGGGAGAAGCGAACUGGGCUGGAGGGGCUGGAUGGUGGGCAGAGGGAAGAGCUGCUGGCUGCCUCUUGUACCGGCUGCUGGAUGGGUAUCCAUAUUGCCAGGCCUGGAUGAGGGCAGAAGGCUGCCUUCUGGCUCAUCAAGGCUCAGAGACCACUUCUCCCACCCCAACCCCAGCAUGAUUCACGAUGAAAGGAAGGUUGUGGGUUCGGUGGGGCGCCCAGACCCAGUGUGAACCCCCUCUUUCCUGCUUCCAAACCAGUGGCAUGAUUCUCUCCAGUUUGGGGAGGGGUGAGAGCAAGUGCAUCUGUGUCUGGUUAGCUGACCAAGGCUCUCCAGUCUCUCUGAGCCUCUUGGGGGAUACAAAGCUGGCAGGUGAAGGCCCAGAGCGUUUAGGAAAUGUGGGUUUAUCAAUCUCUUAAUAAGCCCUGUCUGGCCUGAGGCCCUACCCAAUAUUGCACUGGUGAUUUCACAAUGUUUAGCGUUCCCCCGGAUCUUCAUACUAAUGGAGCAUAAACAUCUGAAAGUUUCAGUUUUUCCCUUAGUGUGUGGGUGUGGGGAGGACUAGGAAAGGGAGGGCAGCCAUUGACAAUGCCCCCCACACCUACCUCUCUCUCUCUCCCCACCCCCCACCCCCAGCCCUCUCUUUCUCCCUCUCUCUUUUCUCUGUCUCCUCUCUCUUUCAGCAGAAGGGUGGGAAAGAAGUCGUAGAUGUGUCCAGUGUGAAAUCAAAUUUUCUGUCUUUCCUAGCCCUUGGGAGUGUCCUCACUUGCCAGAAGGCUCCAGACGAAUUCUAAUAUGAGCAGUGCACAUCCUGACCAACUGAGCUGCGUGGCCAGUACUGGAGCCAAAGGAAGAAGGUGAUGAAGGGCAACAUAACCGAAGACUGUAUUACCUCUUCCAGACCAAGACUGGUUGGGUAAGAACCCGAAGAUGGCCCAAUGAGGUUCCCUGAGAGCUGGUGGCGGACCUGGGAGACUGGCGGAGUUCAUGGCUAUAAGAGAGAAGGGUGCUUCCGUGCCCUUCCAUGAAUACCCAGGAGUUAUUGCAAGUCAGGGUCGCAGGGCUGAAGUUGCAGCCUCUGGAGCCUCUGCUGCUUGGAUUCGAAUCCUGCCCCGACCAUUUGCCUGCUCUAUGACCCUUUGUUCUUCCUCUGCAAAAUGGGUAUUAUCCUCCAAGGGGAUGGUGAGGAUUGAAGGAGAAAAUCAUUGAGGAUUUAGCACUGAGCUUGACACCAAGAAAUGUUUCAUAAAUGCUUGCUGCUCCCCUAUUUUUUUUUUUUUUUUUUUUGCGGUACUCGGGCCUCUCACUGUUGCUGUCUCUCCCGUUGCGGAGCACAGGCUCUGGACGCGCAGGCUCAGCGGCCAUGGCUCACGGGCCCAGCCGCUCCACGGCACGUGGGAUCUUCCCGGACUGGGGCACGAACCCAUGUCCCCUGCAUCGGCAGGCGGACUCUCAACCACUGCGCCACCAGGGAAGCCCUCCCCUAAUUAUUAAUUAUUAUUAUUAGAAGGUUGGAACGGAGGUAAAAGUUUCCCUUCCUCACGCUAAUCCAUAAGGCUGCCACCGAAAAUUCGAUAGAGGUGCGUCUCUGGCUAAGUGGACUGCUGGCUUUGUUUCUCUGUCCACAGUCUUCCAAAUUGGCCAUCAGUCUACCAAACAGCCUAAAUGAGGCAAAGCCUCCUCUCUCCUAUUUGUAUUAUAAAUCUCUUCCUUCCUUGCCGGGGAAGCAGAGUACAUAUUAAACUGCACUUAAGUUCGGCAGCGUUGCUCAGACUGGAGGGUGGGUGUGUCCCAGUGAGCAGGGAUCAAUCUUCUAAGCGGACUUGGGGGGGCGGGGUUUGAGACACCGUCUAGCUGUGUUGAGGGGUUAUCAAACAGGCUAUCGGGAGGUUGUUUUUCUUGUCAGCCAAAUGAAUUCCACCCUCCUGCGGAGGGUCCCGGCUAAUUGGGAGGUGAGGCCGUGAAGCCUGAGAAGGUUGGAGUGGUACAGCUCUGAGCCCCUGGUGGCCGGAAGGCAUCUUCCGUCAGGGUUGUGAUAGGGAAGAUGCAUUUUAGAAUAUGCCUGCUGGAGCCAUCUUGGAUGCAGCAUGUCCCAAGAGAGCUGAGUCAUCGUGGACUGAGCUCCCACCCCCACGUCUGGCCCUGAGUGCAGGCCCAGAUGUUGACAGCUGCCUCUGGAGAGUGACGGGAGCCUGCUAAUGCCAAUAUCCCCAUCGCCUGCAGGCGCUGCGCCCACCCUGGCUUCCUGGUGGUACUUUUCCAUGGGACUUUUUCCAUGAAUCUGCCUUGUGAUUCCAGGGCCUAUUAAAAUCCCCAAGCACUGCCCAUGCCUUUUGCUUCCUCCAUAGAAAGUGUGCCCGUUCUUAUAGAACCCCAGGAAUAGAACCAGGGGAAGGAGAGUGGAUAAACUGUAUAGGGGAGGGAGGACCCACAGCAUGGCCAGUCCCAAUCCUAGUCCUAAGAGGCAAAAAGCCCAACUACAUGGGGCAAUACAACUUUCACACCACCACUGACGUUCUGUUGGCAGGACCCUGAGCUUCUGGAAUAAGGGGAUCGCGUUGUCUUUGUCCUGGUUGGGGGGUUCUGGCUGAGGCACCUCCUGGCUGGCGCCACAGUCGUCUCCUGUGCCUCUGUCAGCAUUUUCCAUUCUUCUGCCUAGUCACACCUUUUCCUCCAGGCAAAGGUCUGGGACCCGUGGCUCCUAACCUUCUCUUGACCUCAAACCCACUUAUUCUAGAAGCAAGGCUUUGGAUUGCCUGCAAAGAAUAAAGUGGGCUGAGGUAGCAUCCCCUGAAGUUCUGCCCCAUGGCCAACUUGAUCCUUGGAAAAACUCCUCUCUCUGAAUGCUUGACUAACAUCCCCCCCCCAUCCAGCCCUGACCCCAGGACCCCCAAAGGAGGCUGCCUUGGCAGAUGACUUUUCUUGGUGGCAGACCUGCCAGACACUUCAUUCUAACUCUGCCACGGGGAAGUCUCUUCUUUGAAGACGAUGCUCUCCUGACAUGUGGAGGGAGCACAGAGGCAGGAGGCAGGAGGCAGGCUACCUCUAGGCAGACAUCCUCUGAGUUGGGAGAAACUAUGCACAGAAAUCUCUCUUAAGUAGAUAGGACUGUGGGAGCAAAGCCCUUGUUCAUGAGCCCAUAGUUCAUGGCUUUGCGAAGGGGAAGUAUCAGUUGACUGAGCAAUGAACCUUGCAGAAAAGACUUAAUGCUUUUUUCCUUGCAGUAUACAGAUGAGAACCUUGUGGGGCCCCUAGAAGCCUACUUCUCUACACAGCCCAGGACCUCUGGCCCCAUGGAGCCCCCGAUCCCACAGAGCGUCCCCUUGACUCCCAGCUCAGUCAUGGUCCAGCCCCUUCUGGACAGCCGUAUGGCCCACGGCCGGCUCCAGCACCCCCUCACCAUUCUCCCCAUCGACCAGAUGAAGACCAGCCACGUGGAGAACGACUACAUCGACAAUCCUGGCCUGGCACCCCCCACCGGCCCCAAGCGGACCCGGGGUGCAGCCCCAGAGCUGGCCCUGACACCCGCCCGCUGUGACCAGGACAUCACCCACCACUGGAUCUCCUUCAGCGGGCGCCCCAGCUCUGUGAGCAGCAGCAGCAGUACGUCCUCUGACCAGCGCCUCUUGGACCACAUGGCCCCCCCGCCCGUGGCUGACCAGGCCUCCCCGAGGGCCGUGCGCAUCCAGCCCAAGGCCAUCCACUGCAAGCCACUGGACCUCAAGGGCCCGGCCGUCCCCCCAGAGCUGGACAAGCACUUCUUGCUGUGCGAGGCCUGCGGGAAGUGUAAGUGCAAGGAGUGCGCCUCCCCCCGGACGUUGCCCUCCUGCUGGGUCUGCAACCAGGAGUGCCUGUGCUCCGCCCAGACGCUGGUCAACUAUAGCACCUGCAUGUGCCUGGUGCAGGGCGUCUUCUACCACUGCACCAACGAGGACGAUGAGGGCUCCUGCGCCGACCACCCCUGCUCCUGCUCGCGCUCAAACUGCUGCGCCCGCUGGUCCUUCAUGGGCGCCCUCUCCCUGGUGCUGCCCUGCCUGCUCUGCUACCUGCCCGCCACCGGCUGCGUGAAGCUGGCCCAGCGCGGCUAUGACCGCCUGCGCCGCCCCGGAUGCCGCUGCAAGCACACGAACAGCGUCAUCUGCAAGGCAGCCGCCGGAGACGCCAAGGCCAGCAGACCCGACAAGCCUUUCUGACACCUGGGGUCAAGUCCCGGCGCUUCCCCCUGGAAACUUGGUUCCCUUCUCACACCUGAGAGGGGACCACCACAGCGAGGCCAGAGGUUUUAGCAUCCUCAGGCUGACCCUGCCAGUCUGCCCACUCCCUACCCCCAGCUUCUGAAGAAACAGAGACCACAAUCGCCCAUCCUUCUCUUCCCCAAAAGGAUGAAGAAGCACUUUGGGUUUUGUUUUUGUUUUUGUUUUUUUCAGGGUCCUGGAACUUGUGUGAAACAGAUAGUGGCAGGGGCGUGGUGUGGUUUGGGGGCGAUUUUUCUUUUUCAGAAGAUGGAACACAGAUGUGGACACAUAUCCGGAAGUUGCAGCUGCUUGAAUGCCUUCCCAGCCCUCCUCCUCCCUCCCUCUCUCCCCGCUCUUUUGCAUUCUCUCUGGCUGCCUGGGAGGAAUCGGCAACUGAGCGGCCAGGGGACCUUGGAAGAAGACCCUUGGAGUUUUGCUGUCUAUACCUUCUUCUCCCAGCCUCUACCCCGGUUUGCCCCGACAUCUUGGGGAAGGUGUAGACCCUGGCGAUCCCUGUUGUAUAUACUUGGGAGCCCCCUCGUUCCUCGCUCUGCCCGGAGCCACGGAUGGAUCUAGGAACCACUGCACAGUAACUUUUCUCCCUUCCAGCUUCCUCACUAACUCUUGGGGGUGUUCCACUCAUAACACCGUCCUUCGGCUCUUACUGGGUCACAGACUCACCCGCCCGCUACGUGUCCCAAGUUCUCUCUACCCAGAUCUUUUCCAGAAACUUUAUGGGUAGAGAAGGCCAGGGCGGCAAAUUCGAGACCAAAUAGCAUUUUGCCAAUGAGUCUGAGGCUGUGGUCUCUGGAUCCAGUCAUUAUGUUUUUAUAGAAGCAUUAAACCAGAUGCUAACGGUGUUUUAAGAAAUAAUAGUAAAACACUUGCUUCCUUUUGGGCCACCCCCAGGAAGGGCUGAUUUCAAAAUCUGGGGGGCGAGCAACCUCAAGGAACACCAUCCCCCUCCCCACCAAGAAGAGGAUUUUAACAGCAAAGAAGAGAGGCAGCACCUCCCAUUGGCAGAGUGAGAGUUGAGGCGAGCUGGGUGUAGGUUUCUUCUCUCUUGAUUCUGCUGCUUGCUGUCAUAGCCUUUUGUGUACAGUGUCUGUAUCUUUAAUGUAAAUAGACAGAUGAUGAAAAAAGAGUCUAUUUUAGUGUUAGGAAGCCCUGGCGGGGGAGUCAGAAGAAUGCGGGUGGGGGAAAGAUUCUCCGGGGGCUUCUUGGGAUUGAGCCCUGCUUCUGUGCGUGGCUACAAUGAGCCCCUCCCAACAGCCCCCAAAGACGUAGCAACUCUUUCUCUCAAGGUGCUAAAGGACUCAGAAAGUGCAGCUCGUCCGGUGGGUAGGUACUUGUUGCAUGCAAAAGCUGUAGUGUGUCCGCUCCUUCCUCCCUAGCUAUCGUGCGGGGUUUUCGCUUAGUGUGGUAUUUUGUGCCUCCCUCUCUUUCCCCCCAUGAGAGGAAGUAGUCUGGGUCAGAAAAGCUACCCCAGGUGAUACCGGAAGUGCACUAGGCACAGCGUUUGUGGCAUUUCCAGUUUGUUCUGUAGGAACAGAACAGCCUCCAGGAAGGAGGCAAGGAGGCAGGUAGCUGCGAUGGUCAUGCACCCAGUGCUUCUCGAGGACUUUUUUUUUUGUUUUUCCUUCUUGAAGACUAGUAGUAACAUCUUAUGAUUUAGAAUAAGUUAAUUGUAACCGUAGGUAUUUAUUGACUGGUGGAAAGGAGGGGAGGGUCUUAUUAUUUUAGGCUUUAUUUAUAUAACAUAUGCUGGCUUGUAAAAGGCAAAUAUGAAAUACUGCAUCUGCGUUUCCUAAGGCUGAUUCCUGUAGCUCCCUUUGCCACAGUCGUGAUGGAUGUGUGGAUGUUCUCGCACAAAUCAGAGGGAAUGGUAGAAGAAACACAUUCAGCCAACCACGUAUCCUAAUUGAAUGUAUCAGAUGUGUACUGAAGGGACUGGAGAUGUUUUCUCAGAACAGGUGUGCAGAGGUUACCCCAAAAAAGAGGGCACACGUCCUCGCUUGGUGAGACCUCAGAACUUUUCCCAAAGCCCGUCCCUCAAAUGUCUCCAUGGGAAACUUGACCCAGUGGCAAGUUGCACUUUGGUGAUCUUUGGAGUUCUACACGCACAUUCUGUGGAGAAUUGACUUACAUAAGCUGUGCACACACACACACACACACACACAUAUAUACAUACAUACAUACGUACAUACACACAUAUACCCCUACCCCACCGUCUCUAUCUACAUAGACCCUGUUACCUGGCAAACAGCCUCCUGAACCCUGACUUUUUGUGUAUAUAGUUAUAAACAUGGAUUUUCCCGGGUUUUGGCUUUCUCUUUUCCCUUCCCCCUGUUUUGGCUUGUUCUUUUUGGUUUGCAUCUAGCCUGCUAGAUGGACGUCUGCAGAACUCUGUCCUGUGUGCUCAGCUUCGGUUCACCCAGCUUUGUUGCAUAGCUAUCCCUCAGCACGUUUUCCUUGGCAAAAAGAAAAAAUAAAACUGGCUUGCCCGUGGCCCCCGGGGGCCAGUCAAGGGCCACUGAGGGACCAAGCUCUCAGUAACACGACACUCUUCUGUGGCUGCUUCUGGCUGGUUGCGUGUCCUGUCACCAGUGGCCUGCUUGGCUGGGUUAUGCCUCGUGUUGACCUGUUUUUGAAGAGUGCCAGCUGCUUCCCGCUUCUGUUCAACCUGGGGUGGCUGGUGGUUCUGCCUGGAACGGGGGGUGGGAUCCAUAAACCUGGCUCCAGGAUGCUUGUCCUAAGGGGCCGAGGCUGCUUCCCCUCAAGGGUGGGCUUGUGAAGGCCCAACACUCCAGCCGGCACCCUGGGAACUGGGUCUAGGAGAGCCCAGCCCUCGCAGGUAGACGGGGUACAACCAAGGCUUCUGAAGGUCCCUGGCUGGGAGGAGUCAAGACCAGUCCCCGCUAUUGAUACGGGCCCUUCACAGCUGACCGAGAUGGAAGACCAUCACGUGAUGCGCCCGGUUCUUUACGUGUUCUGGAGUCUGCGUGCAUCCCUGUUGGGCAUCGAGCGAGGCCCAGUUAGAUUAUGAUGAGUCCAAAUGUGGAAAGUGUGGGCUGGGACCAGCAUCCACAUCCCGUCACCUUCAUGGUCUCUGUGCUGCCCCAGGGGAUGUCCGGUGGGGUGUGGGCAGCACGACUUGACACCGCGCAAGUCACCAGGGCAUCCCGCAAGCUUCACUGACCUUCUGGUUCAUGCCUUCGGUAAGCAUUUUCAUGCCCUCUGCUUACUGUGACAGGUGACGACAAAUCUUGCGCUGCCAUGUUUUGCUGUGGGUAACUGUGUGGUGUCUUAUCCUGCUUUCUCUUCUCACUGCCCCACGGUUUGGUUUCAUGUUACAAACAGAAAAGCUGUUCAAGGGUCCCACCCUGGCACAUUUUCCUUCUUCACUGUAACCCCUUCUCACCCCACAUCAAAAGUUACCACAGAAGGUUUCCUUUGUAUAGAAUAUUUAUUUUGAAGCUCUAUUUUAAUAGUAUUUAUUUUAGAAAGUCUACUAUUGUAAGAGUUCUUCUGUUUGUGAAGAAAAAGCAAGUUAAAAACUGAAUGUACUGAUCUAGAAAAUAUAUAUAAAUAUAUAUUGU